GCUAAUAUGACACCCUGAUCGACGUUGGAAUGAGGCGUUCCACCUGUCCAUAUGUGGAAACCAUGGCAGGGCUCCCGUUGAAGGACCGGUCCCCUGCAAGGAUCGGCAGAAGACAGUCCCAAGAGUCUCUGGGUGGACUUGAAGGUGUGUGACAAGAGGGCCUUGCAAUACUCUUCUCGUGCAUUUGAGGUGCAGAGGGUUUACUGCCAGUCGGAGUAAAAGUGGGACACACGGGUCAGAUGAAUCGAGGAUGGCGGAGGUUGAUGAUCAUUGGGAGGAAGUGGGCUGGUAGAUCGCAUGGAGGUGGAGGUGGCAGUAGUGGAAAUUGUGAUGCGUUGGAGUUCCAGGGUUUAGAGAGUGGGGUUUCCGCACUGAAAAUUAUAGGGUUUAAGAGUAGAAGUGGAGUUCCAUUUGGUUUGCCAGGAAAUCUUCAGAUCGGUGGAUUGGAUCAUUUUGAUUUUAUAAGAUGGGAAAACCAUUCGGUCCCCAGUUUUGCUCGGAAUUACGCUGCUCCUAUCAGCAGAGUUGGAAGAGCUACACCAAACCCUGCCCGGCAGCAGAGGGCUGAUCCCGAGGCACCUCCAGAACCUGAGAAACCGGAUCGUAAACUAAACAGGGCUAUAGUGGCCAGGACUAUUCGGUUGAUCAUAGAUGAUGGUCACGAGGUUGUUUCUCGGAGUGAGGCUUUGAGACGUGCUGAGCAGAUGGACUUGGAUUUGGUGGAGGUCGAUGGCAAGCAGGAUCCUCCGGUAUGCAAACUUAUGGAUUUCAAUAAGGAGAGAUUUAAGGAAAGACAGCGGGAGAAGGAAAUGAAGAAAAAGCAGUCUGAGAGACGGCGUCUGGAUGAUUUAAAGGAGGUGCGAUUUAGUACGAGAACAGAGCCCAACGAUUUGGAGCUCAAGGCACAAAUGGCCAAGAGACUUCUCCUAAAAGGACAUCGAGUAAAGAUUGCAGUUAUAUCUCAUGGUAGUGAUGACCUGGACCUAAAAGGUCGGGACUUGAUACAGCGUAUGGUGGCUAUGCUUCAAGACACCUGUAAAAUAGAGACAGGUCCGAGAAUAGAGAAGCAGCGAGCUUGGGCAUUGGUGAGGCCAACUGCCAUCGGAGAUAGAAGUGUCUCUAAACGGAAGGGAGAUUACCCUCCAAAACCAGAUUCGCUGAACGAAGAUGAGGCUGAUGAGGCUGGUAUAUUGGAAGACCAUGAGGAGCAGAAUAAGGCAACAUGAGCUUUAAGGUCUAUAAUCACUGUCGAUUCUUGGGUUUAAAUUCUGUCGUAGCUUAGCUUCAUUGUACACAGUCAUUUUGUUUAUCAGUAAAAAGACCCCAUUACUACCGGACACCCAUUCAGUUGGAACAAUUGCAACGGGUGUAAUUCAUAGCUAAACUUUAGCUUGUUUCCACGCGAAAGCAUGGAAAGAUGUAGCGAAAGCUGUUUCCAUUGGAAUAAUGUGCUAGAUACCCCUGCAAGAAGGUUAUUGAUGAUCUUUCUUGUUACUGAUAUUCUGAACUUUGUUGCAAGAGUUGACCAGGAUGUGUUAAAGAUGUAUCACCCAGCAGUGCCUAAUGCUCUUAAUGAUUAUAAUGAAUCAGACAUAGCUUGCUACAAUUCUCCUUUACCCUCAAGUGGGCUAUGAACAGCAACAUUAAGAUCAGGUUCUAGAUUAGAGAUCAGAGAAUCCUUUGAGAGGAGCUCGUAUCAUAGCUUCAUGUACUCCAAGUAGGUACUUGGAGUGCCUUUUAGGUACCUGAGUACCAUCUUUACGAAUCCGAAAUGAAGUUGGACAAUUACUCUAUCUGGCCAAAGCUCCCUUGAGCUACUUUUGUCUGGUCUGGUACAAACCACAGCAAACAUUGUUGAAGAAACGAUACUCUGGUGAAGAAACUGCCUCUCC